AUGAACACUACAGCGAGGUUCCUGCACAUCCUGUUUGUGUGCAUGUGUGUCUCAGCUGUUCAAGCACGGAUCUGGGCCUGGAUGCUAUCGAUGCCAUACAGCCCACCUGAAGAAGGACCUAUGGGGUUGAGAGAAAGAGAGACAGAGUUAUCUCCCAACAGUCAAAAGGGUGAUAUGGUGGCCUGUGAUCAUGAUCGUGCCUGUGGAAGGGGUUUCUCCUGUGACCGCCACUUUGGUCUGUGUGUUCCUCUAAGACAAGAAGGGAAAUAUUGCCGGCGAGAUGCCCAGUGUGUACGUGGACUAAGCUGCAUGUAUGGCAGAUGCAUCCGGAGCAUUCCAGAAGGACAGGAAGGUGCCCGCUGUAAAUUAGACAAGGACUGUGGGGCUUCGAUGUGCUGCGCACGUCACCAUGGUGAGAGGGUGUGUAAGCGUCGGCUGGUACUGGGUGAGAGCUGCUUCGUGCCGGAUGGAGGACUGGCAUUUAGCAUCAACCAGAUCUGUCCAUGUGAUGAGGGACUGCUGUGUCGUGGAAACGGUCAGCAACAAAAAAGAGAGACAGAGUUUGUGUACAAUCCUGAUUCAACCAGCUGGACCUGCCAGGUUCCAAAACACUAAGAUAUAGUUAUUGUAUAACUAAUUUAUUGAACUGUUG